CCUGAUUGAACAACUCGUGGCUUUUGGAAGGCAUGGAAUGCCGGAAUUAUUACUGAGCAUCUCAAUAAUCGACCAACCCCUUGGGAUAGACCCUUUCGCUCGUUGUACUUGGGACAAGGACUUGCGAAGCCUCUUGUCGACGUUACUUGCCCUUUACCCACCCCCGUGUCUUUCCUCUCCCUCGCACAGCAAACCCACUCUUAGGCUUGUCCUCUCCUCUCCAUCCCUACCGAUCGUCACGUUUUCUUACCUUCCCUGUCCACCUCUCAACGCUCCUCAGGAUAACCACAGGCCUCGACCGUCAACGAACCCAAAAUUCUCCUGUGAGCAGGCCAUUGGUCGCUUUUACCGAUUCCCAGCUACGGUGUCGCUUAUCCGUACUUCAUCGCCAGGAACGCUGCCACCAGAAUCCUCACGAGCAGCGAGUCUCUCGGUACUCGCAACCAUUUCCAGUCCUUCCGCCGCCGGCUAAAGACGUCUGGUUGAUUCUCUGGCGCUCCCUUCCUUUUCCGACCGAUUUUGGAGCACAACCAACGUGCGUUGGCUGAGGGACUGAUGGCGAAAGAGAAAGGAGACGUUUGAGAAGCGGACAUGAGAUGAAAAGAACAAAGGCCUUGGUCAUACCGCAACCAUGCGGAUUUCAAUACGAGAGCAACUUGGAUUGCUCGUCCUUUUCUGCUGUCUGUCCUCGCUCAUGGUCCUUGCGCUGGCUGUCUGGUUCCAAAACUACAAUUUCAUCAAGAACAUCAGGCUGUCCGGGCUGUCGUUGACGGCUUCACUCAAAGCGGCCCAGAUAUCCAGCGCACUCCUCUUAUACGAAUCGCAGGUCACUUCUGUGUCCACAAGAGUUCUCAUACAGAGCGCGCUCGGGAGGUACUAUGCAGGGAACACUAGUGCUGAUAACUGGGUACGCUCCCAGACCGACCUGCAGGGAGCUCUUGCGGAUGGCUCUCUUUUGGUACAGGCCGCGAUAUUCCCCAACGCCUACGAUGGCAAUCAGACCGCCGUCAAUGGUUUGGUCAAUGUCACGGCCGAGGACUUGCCUCCCGUCAAGUUGCCAUAUACAUACCCCAAUGGCUCCGACAUCUAUCUGGGCGAUCCAGACGAAGGGUACCCUCCUAUGUUAUAUCCGAACCUGACCUACGGCGCCACAAUUCCCGGCACCAACUACUCCAAUGUUUCAUACGAAGGACAAACCAUUGAGCCAGGGAAACCUUUGUUCAUAGGUCCAAUGGCCUUCAACGAGUCGUAUUCCCUGUUGUCCGUCACAGUCGCCAUGAUCAACAAUACGUCUCGCUCCGAUGUUCUCGGCUGGCUGACAGUGCUCGUCAAUUGCGAUAUGCUUUACAAUGUUCAAAAUUCACCAGAGGGACUGGGCUCGACAGGCGAGACGCUUCUCGUUGGUCCAGCUACCAGUUUUAACCACUUCGAAACGGAAAUUCGCGGCUCGAACUCUGGACAAGACGACGACCGGCCCGUCCGAUACGUUUUCCCGCCCAAAAGCAAUGCUACCCUUCAAAACCGCCACCAGGCUAGAGCGAGCAUUGCCAAUGCCACCAUACCCUUUCCUAUGUCAUCAUACCCAGCAGUUCUAGCAGCAUGGACAAGGAAGAGUGAUGCCAUUAAUAAUGCCGGUGCCUUCAUCUCAACCAACAACGAGGAGGGCACUAGAGUUUCAGCUGGAUAUGCCACCAUUUCUAAUAGUCUGGUCGACUGGGUCCUGAUCGUGGAGCAGUCUCACAAAGAAGUUAUUGCGCCUAUCAACCACCUACGCGACGUCGUCCUCAUUUGCGUGUUUUCUGUCACGGGACUUCUGCUCGUGGUCGUGUUUCCCCUUGCGCACUACUCUAUUACUCCGAUUCGGCAGCUGUAUAUUGCCACCGCAAAGACAGUCGAACCUUAUCAGCCGGAUGAUUCAAGCGAGUAUUCCAGUUCCACUGGAGCUCAGCCCACCACGGAAGUCGAAGAGGUGGAUGGCACGGUUGAUGACACUCUGGCUCGAAAAGAGGGCUUCUUCGGUGCUUUGACUAAGAUUACGAAGCCCAAGCAGUUUUCACGGUCCUCGACUCCCAGGACGCGACGCAGGACUUUCAGAAUCCCCCGCAAGGUGCCCGAGCGCCGACAUUGUGUCACCGAUGAGCUUACCGAGUUGACACGGACCUUCAACGAAAUGUCUGAUGAGUUGGCAAUGCAGUACGAGCGCCUGGAAGAACGCGUGAAGCAGCGCACGGCGGAGCUGGAGAAGAGCAAGAAAGCUGCAGAAGCCGCGAAUGAAAGCAAGACAUUGUUCAUUGCUAACAUUUCCCACGAGCUCAAAACGCCACUGAAUGGUAUACUGGGGCUCACCACGGUCUGCAUGAACGAGGACGAUCUCGGGCGAAUACGUUCCACCCUAAACACCAUCUACAAAUCUGGGGACUUGCUGCUGCACCUCCUCACCGAUCUGCUCACAUUCAGCAAAAAUGAGGUCGGACAACAACUGUCCAUCGAUGAAGCGGAGUUCAGGCUUAGCGACUUGAGCACUCAGCUGCUCCCGACAUUUGAGAAGCAAGCCCGAGAAGCCCAGGUCGAUCUGAAGGUGCUGUUCCUAGGCACAAACGAUGCAUUUGGCGACUCGUCGGACUUCGCUGGCGACAAGCUCUAUGGCCCAGGUGGUACAGGCCGUGUUCGUGAUAUGUGCCUAUGGGGGGACAAAAAUCGGAUUUUGCAAGUGUUGAUGAACUUUGUCAGCAACAGCUUGAAAUUUACGCCACCACAUGGGUCCGUCACUGUGCGUGUACGCUGCAUCGGCAUAGUUGAUAACGACCUUAGCAGAGCAGGCAGUGCUCGAAAGUCGUCUCUCGCUUCCCGAAAAUCCAAGACGUCCAGCACCAAAAGAGUUCGAAUGUCGGACAGUUCCCUCGCACCCGCAGAGACUGCGGACCACGAAAGGACUCACCAUACCAACAGCAACUCAAACGAAGAGUCCAAACUCAGCAUAAAUGUCGCUGGUGGUACUACUCAAAUCCACAAGGUCGUUGAACGGCAGAGGUCUAUGUCGCCUCCUCCGAUCAAUACAAAAGACCUCGGUUUCGAAUUUGAAGUGGAAGACACAGGUCCUGGUAUCCCACCUGAUCAACAGAAGAAGAUUUUUGAGCCGUUCGUCCAGGGUGAUCUGGGAUUAAGCAAGAAAUAUGGUGGCACAGGGCUUGGAUUGAGUAUUUGUGCUCAAUUAGCGGCACUCAUGGGCGGUGACAUCUCACUGGACAGCACGGUCGGAGUCGGCAGUAAAUUCACAAUGCGGAUACCUCUCCGGUAUGUGUCUGAAAGGACACCGUCAAUGUCAUCGUCAACGCACAGGUCCCACUCGAAAGCGAGCAGCCUCGUAGGGCAAACGUUGCACGACACUGGUGACACGCCGCAACACCACAACGGGUCCACGACCUCUCUCAGCUCGACACGGGAGAAUUCCCUCGCCGAUGUGCCGAGAAUUGUGGGAUUCACACAACCCUACGUGGCGAAAGAAAGCAAGAAGAAAGAGUCACAGGAGGCUAAACUCAAUGAAAUGAAGAAGGUCGAAAACGAAGCUGUGCAGAAGGGGCGCAAAGUCCGUGUGCUGGUGGCGGAAGACAACAAAGUCAAUCAGGAGGUAGUUCUCCGAAUGUUGCGUUUGGAGGACGUAUAUGACGUUACUAUUGCCAAGGAUGGGCAAGAAGCGUUCGACAAAGUCCGGGAAUCCAUGCACGGCGGCGCACGUUUCGAUCUUGUGUUCAUGGAUGUUCAGAUGCCCAACCUCGACGGCAUUCAAUCCACCAAACUGAUCCGAGAGAUGGGCUUCUCAGCGCCCAUCGUGGCGUUGACAGCAUUUGCAGAGAAGUCGAAUGAAGACGAAUGCAUGGCGUCGGGAAUGGACUAUUUCCUGGCCAAACCCAUCCGAAGACCGGCACUGAAACAAGUCUUGAAAAAAUAUUGUGCAACUAUACCGGAGGAGGAGAACGAGGGCAGCACGACUGCAGUGCCUCGCUCAGACACGUCAGAAGAAGACGCCAACGGGCUUCUUGCGUCGUCGCCGAAAGCGAGACAUCCGAAUGUGCCGGUUAUCGAUCCGGAUGAUGUCUCUCCUUUGUCGUGAUCAUGGGGGACAAAAGUGUGUGGGUGAGUUCGGCAUCAAAAGGGAUUCAAGAGAGGCUUUCUCAAAAAUGGCAUGUAAUGAUUGGCUUGGCCUAGCUGUGACCAGGCGAUGGGCGUACGGACAAAAACGGUUGAAAUAUGGGGGAUAGCUGAAAACAGCGCGCAUAUGAAGGCAGCGAUGGCGCGAGGCGUAAUGAGUGGUUGCUGGAAAUGGCUGCCGCGGUGUACUAUGAUAUAGUGUAUCAGUCCGCAAGAAAGACAGGACUCUUGUGACGAAUUCCAAAAGAAGCCAUUCCAUGCACCUGG